AAUGGCCCGUCUGGGGGCCGCGUUGCGGUGUUGAGCUGGGCACGGUCUGCAGCGGGCCUCGGCCUGCAGGCGCGGGAAGGGGGUGAGGAGGCUGAGGUGUGAGAGCUGAGGGGCUGUUUCCGCUAUAAAUGAAGCCCUGGGUCAGCACGGCCCCUUCUUGUGCUUCUGUGGUGCUAUUGGUUUGUACAGAAAUUAGUUUUGUGUACUUCCACCUGUUAAUGAUCCACAUACUGAAGGUUUUCUGUGUGAUUUUGGAAUAAUUAUGAUGUGUUUGAAAUGAGAGCUGGCUUCUUGCCCUUGCUUACCCAUAUUCUGGUAGAAAUUCGACUUCAAGAAACACAUAUCUAAAAUGGAGGGUUGAGAAAAAACUUACAAAUGAAAUAAUGGCAAAAAAAAAAAAAAAGCCUUGACUUUCCUGUUGCCUUUGGGGUAACGUGAUUCUGGCAGCUCAAAGAGCUUGUGGUCUCUGCCCUGUAACUUCAGGCUGAAGUCAUCCCUUUUUAUUUAAAUGUGUUCACUUACCUUUUUUCCCCUGCCAAGUGUUUUGGCUGCCGCCCAUUUUUCUGGCUUGUUCUCUUCAGGCAUUCUUGUCCCACCAUCUCUCACCACAGGAAGAGGGCAGGUAGGGGAUUGUAUUUACUUGCUAGGACAACACUGCAGCUUCCCUUUUUAAGGUGGCUGGGUAUGGUGAGAACAGGCUGUUCUUUGUGUGCCUGGAGCCUGCUAAGAUAGUGUGAUCAGAGGAGUUAUUUGGAAGUUUAUUACCAGUUCUUACACAUGACCAAGCCAAGAUUGAUGGGCUUCUCUUAUUUUGGUACCUCGUUGCUUGAAUUACAGUGGAGAGAAGUUGGGAGGAGUCUUGCUGGCACAGGCAGGAAAUGGUUAAGAGCCUUUCAUAUCACCUGGGAAAGCAAUUCUUUGAUUUUUCAGAGGGCGCUAACAUGCUGCAGAUCAUGGGAAACAAAGGAAAGGGAAUCAAGUAUAAAAGUUGUUCUUGGAUUUCAUUUUCAGUGGCAGAACUUGCAAGGGCUGAAUACUGAUGCCUGCUGAAAAAUAUGGAAUUUUUUUAUUAAAAAGAAUUUUUCUUCCUGUCUUCAUUCAGGAAAUGAUCUGUCAGUGUCAAGGAGGGAGAAGACCAGUUAGAGCUGGUGGAUGUCACUUCAUUCCUCUUGGAUAUGAACACAAUAAAAGGCAGACUCAUUCUGUUCCUGAUUAUUUUCUAGCCCCUGGAGCUCUCCUUUGGAUUCUCUUCAGUUGUCUUUCCUGAAGUGUGUUCCCCCAAACCAAACAAGACUUCAGGAGAAGCUUCGCCAGAGCCAACUGGAGGGAGAGGACUCCUCAACUAGUCUCAGUGGUGUCAGAAAGAUGAGUUUCUUUCUGGCCUUUUCUUCCCCUCCCUGAAUUGUCUGAAGUGCUUGUUCUCACCUCUUCUGCUGCUGCCCAUAUGACUUGGUGUGGCUUUCCUCAUAAACUAAAAAAGAUGUCCAUCCGAGGCCUGAAGAAGAAACAGCCAAAGACUUUUAAAGUCAAAAUUAUAACAGUGGAUGCUGAAAUGGAGUUCAGCUGUGAGAUGAAGUGGAAGGGAAAAGAUUUGUUUGAUCUGGUGUGCCGGGCACUUGGUUUAAGAGAGACAUGGUUUUUUGGCUUGCAGUACACACUGAAAGGAAUGUGCACCUGGCUAAAGAUGGACAAAAAGGUUUUGGAUCAAGAAAUCCCCAAAGAAGAUCCCAUUAGCUUACAUUUUUUGGCAAAAUUCUACCCCGAGAAGGUAGAAGAGGAGCUAUUGCAGGAAAUCACCCAGCAUUUAUUCUUCCUUCAGGUUAAGAAGCAAAUACUGGAUGAGGAAAUCUAUUGUUCUCCAGAAGCAACAGUUUUACUGGCUUCUUACGCUGUUCAGGCCAAGUAUGGUGACUAUGAUCCAAAUUUCCACGAGCCAGGCUUUCUAGCCCAUGAUGAACUUUUACCCAAAAGGGUCCUCAGGCAGUAUCAGCUGACAGCAGAGAUGUGGGAAGAAAAGAUUACUGCUUGGUAUGCUGAGCACAGGGGCAUUGCCAGGGAUGAAGCUGAAAUGAACUACCUGAAAAUUGCCCAAGACUUGGAAAUGUAUGGGGUCAAUUAUUUUCCAAUUGCUCAAAAUAAGAACCAUACAGAUCUGCUGCUUGGAGUCGAUGCCAAAGGUAUCCACAUCUACAGCAUUAAUAACAGGUUCUCUCCAAGUAAGUCAUUUGAGUGGAGUGCUAUCAGAAACAUCUCCUAUAGUGAGAAGGAGUUAACUAUUAAACCUCUUGACAAAAAGGCAGAGGUCUUCAAGUUCUUUUCCUCUCAACUCAAAGUGAACAAACUGAUUUUGCAAUUGUGCAUUGGAAACCAUGACCUAUUUAUGAGGAGAAGAAAAGUGGACUCAAUAGAGAUCCAGCAAAUGAAGGCACAAGCCAGGGAAGAAAAAGCUAGGAAAAAGAUGGAGAAUCAAAGGCUGGCCAGGGAGAAGCAGCUCCGAGAAGAAGCUGAGCGAGCCAAGGAAGAGCUGGAGAGGCGUCUGUUCCAGCUGGAGGAUGAAGCCAGGCAGGCCAACGAGGCUCUGCUCCGAUCCCAGGAAGCAGCAGAGUUGCUGGCUGAGAAAGCUCAGAUUGCAGAGGAGGAGGCCAAACUGCUGGCCCAGAAUGCUGCAGAAGCUGAGCAAGAGCGACAGAGGCUGGAGAUCACAGCUCUGAAAACCAAGGAGGAGAAACGCCUGAUGGAGCAGAAGAUGCGGGAGGCAGAGCUGAUAGCAGUGAAGCUGGUGAAGGAGUCUGACCGGAGAGCCAAGGAAGCAGAGCAUCUGAAACAAGAUCUGCAUGAAGCCAGAGAGGCUGAACGGAAAGCGAAGCAAAAACUCUUAGACAUAACAAGGCUUAAUUAUCCUCACAUGAUGAAGUACCCCCAAUACUCAGCAGCUGACACCAGAGAUGCCAACUUUGACAAAGGAUCCGUAAAACUGGAUUUGAAGGACAUUGACCUGAAGAGACUCUCCUUUGAGAUAGAGAGAGAGAGGCUGGACUACUUGGAAAAGAGCAGGAAAUUUGAAGAUCGACUGAAAGAACUGAAGUCUGAAAUUCAUGCUUUGAAACUAGAAGAAAAGCAGUCUGGGCUUUCUUCUCACUGGAAGGAAGUACUGGGAUCCUUGGAUCGCUCCUUAGGAAACACCCCAGCAUGGAUGAAAACCUUGGAAACUGGAGAUUCAUUGGAUAUAAAUCUUCAAAGACCUUUCCCUGCUUACUCAUUCAAUACUACAAGCAGCUGGCCUUGUACCAACAAAAAUCAACACACAGGGCCAGUGGAAAAAUCAUCUUUUGAGGCAAAUUCCCUGCUUGCCAGCAGCCUGGGCACAGGAACCAGAAAACAGAUUAUAAAGGUUCAGCAGCAUGACUCGGAUGUGAUCUACAUUUGAAGGCUUCCUCACCAGACUGGUACAACCUGGUGGCCAUCUCUUUGGCUGCUGCAAAACGCACCUAUCGGAGGACACUGUGCAGCUCUGCUGACAGGCAGGGGCAGGAGAGACUCGGUGCUGUGGUUAGUUGGCCUGGGGCCAUUCAGCUUCCAAGCAGAGAACAUGAGCUGGGAGCACUGGAACUGCCAGUGUGAAGUGGCUGGUGUCUUUGGGUGCAAUGGUAACAUACAAACCUGGAGGAGUGUUGUUUGCGACUUACGCACUUUCGAAGAAACACUUUGUACUUGGCUCCACCUUCCUCCCGCGGGUGUUUGUACAUGCUGAAUUUUCUACUUUUGUAGAAAGGAUGCAAGGCAGCAAGAGUCCAGGAGAUGUUUGGGAUGAGAAAUAAAUUGUACAUGAGCUUGGUGUGUACCUACACAAUAGACUAAUUAGGUUUUUGGUCCUGUCCAGGGGACGUGGUUCCCACAGAGCUGCUCAAUGUUUUGCCUGCCAAAUAUUUUCCUUUUCUUCCCCAAACAUUUCUUGGUUGGCUUAAUGAUUUGCGUUUCUCUGCGAGAAAUCUCAGCUUGUAAUUGCAGAUGUAGAAGUGGAUGUCUUCAAAUACCUCUCAUUCCAGAGGGAAUCCUGUUUGGAAUGCAAAGCUCCCCUUCUCUCUACAGCUUCUGACUAGAUCAAGCACUUCUGUUGCUUUUGCUACUCUAGCAAACUUUGCAUUCAUUAACUUGUUUCCUAGGUCUGUGUAACAGCUUCCAGAUCAGACAAAGACAAAAGAUGCUGCUGGUGUCUGCUGAAUUGGACUUAUUUCUGAUGGAGAGGUGCAUGCGGUGAAAUGUCUGCCUCAUUAGCAAAACUUACUUGUAUUUUCUGGUUCUCUGUGUGUUUAAGUGUCUGUUUAACCAUAAAUCUUCAGCCUGGGGACUUCUGGGGAAGCAGACAAUAUGCAGCUGUGGCUAAAGUAGUAGCACAGUUGAGCAUGUGGCACAUGAUGUAAAAACGAAUGUUGUUAAAUAUCUUGGUCUAAAAGCUUAAGAUAAAAAAA